AUUUCCGGAAGUUGAAGAGGACAACAUCACAAAUUUUAUCAUCAUAUUUUUGACUCAUAAGGCCCCUUAUUCUGCCAAAAUGGACCAGAGACUAACCGAGGAGAACAUGUACAUGAGCAACUCUGGGGCUGACAAUUUUUCCGAUGAUGAAGAAUCUGAGGUGAACACGGAUCGCUUGACUCGCGAUCGGACUUUUGAUAGCCUCGAUUCAGCUUCGCCAAUGUCCACAGAUCUUUCAGAUAUUAAUAUUACGCAGGAUAAUCAGUAUUUUGAGACUGCCGACAUCGCGCAGCCGGAUCUGACCUCAUCAGGCGACAAUGUUCAUUCCAUGGCUCUCGAUCCUGCGGAGGAGGAGAGGAAGAAGGAAGAACUGAGGGCGGAGCUCAAAAAGAUAGAAGAUGAGAUAAACGUCCUCCGUCCGGUGUUAGAGGGAAAAGUCAAACGUGCGCAAGCAUUAAAACGGGAACUCGGCAUCACGCCGCUCAACCAGGUUAAACACGAUAUCUCGGAAGGGGUGAAACAUCUUAAGGAAUCAACUGCGUACCAGAAGACUAGUGAAACUUUAUCGGCCGUAAAUGAAAAAAUUACACAGUCGGAAGUGUACAAAAAGACUAACGAAACGUUCGAAUCUAUUGAUAAGAGUGUUCGGGAUUCAGCUGCGUAUAAAAAGAUGAAUGAAAAACUGCAUGUCUGGAACGAAAAAGUCAAACAAUCGCCGACUUACCAAAGAACAAGUGAAAAAGUAUCGCACGCCAAAGAUAAGAUCCAACAAACGGGAGCAUACCAGAAGACCAACGUGGUCCUGCGGAGUGCGACUGAGAAGACCUCCUCAGCUCUUUCCACUGCUGGUGCUAGUGUGUCUCGGAAGUUAAGCGACAUUAGGAAUUCUAAUAAGUUCCGGUCCUUUGAGGAGCGAAUGGGUAGUGCUUACUCCAGCGUUAAGCGCUCUAAGUCUAUGGGCAUGCUACGUAUGCGAUCCACAUCGCAUGCCAUGCCUUCCCCCUCGUCCAAGGUCGUUGGGAGCAAAUCUGAGGACAACUUUGAGGACGUUCUUAACAGCACAGCGGCCGCCAAUGGGGGAGGACAACCCCAAACAGAACAACCGCUACCCGAGGAGAAAGUACCGCUUUAAAAACAUCAAUCCAACUUCGAUGCCAGUUUCCAUUUUCUAAAAACAAGUCAACAUUCGAAGUAAACUUUUCAUCAUGUGUGUUUGACUUUCUUGGGAAAGAGGUGACAAACUACAAAAUUCGAAAGAUAUUUUGAGUUUUGUAGUUUGUCACUUGGCCACACCUCAGUUGGUCUUGGUACUUAAAAUAUUAAAAUGCUGCAGUGAUUUCACAAGUAACAUGUCUGACCUGGUUGACUACAGUGCGAGCCUGUGUGGUAUUAAAAACUGUAUGAUCGUUGCUAUACUCUCUGUGGACAAGUGUACAGGCUAUAUCCCGGAACGGGACAAUUCCACGGAUAGAUACUUUUCAAUCCAUUGAACAUGUCAGAUUUGCUUAGGUCAGUGUGAGAUACCUGUGUCACAAAGGAAAUGGCCCCGUUCCAUGAUAUAAGUGAAUGUAGCCAGUAUGUCCACAGUGUUACUGCUUGUAUAAAGCUUUGUAUGCUUCUAAAACUGGUUCGGGGAAAAAUGUUACUUUAAUUCCUGACCUUUCAGCCCUAUAUUCUGAUUGGAAUCAUCCAAUUUAGUUGAUUGGAGGAGUCUAAUAAUAGAAUUUAGGGUGUUGAGGUUGCUCAAAUAAACAGGUGUUCUGAGAUGUUGAAUCUUCUUGUAUCCUCGAGAAUUAUUGAUGUUAGUCGGAAAUAAUUUUUCAUGGAUUAAUCGGUGAUCAGAUUGAUGUAUGAACGGUUCAGAUGUUGUUGUCGUUUCUGCGAUCUUUGCAUCAAUUAAAAGAGUGUUGUACAUAAUGUAUUACGAUGUGUUCUUAUGAAAAUGCUUGAGGCAAGCUUGUUCCCAGGACAUUGAUAUCCAUCUGUAGAUGAGGUUGAUUGUUGAUUGAACGGGCGAGGAUGCUGGGAGAAGAGAGCGAAAAUGUUUGACACCAAUAUGGCCAGUGCGCUCUUUCUUGAAUCAGGUCUUAUUUUGGAGUUUUCUGUCUCCUUGUGGGGUUGCCAUUUCCUGCCUGACAGGCCCAGACCUCCCAGUUUGAGUUGUCUCUCUUAGACUGGUGGCCUACCAGGGCUAUGGAGGCCAGUCUCCCCGAGGAAACAUUCAGCAAACUUCCCAUCUUGUAAUCCUGGAGGACAGUGUCCUGGCAAUAGGUUGUGUAUUUGGGUCCAAUGGUUGGCCCUGUCGGUGGGACCAGUGGAUAGUUUACGAUGUUAUCAGUUUCAAACAUUCAGACGUUAAUUUGUUUAAAACAUUGUAUGUUGUUCGGUUGUAAAUCUCUCUAUUCAAGAAUUUAUUUCCAUUUUGUAUUCUGAUUGAACUGUGAAUGCAGUUAGAAGUUGAUUGAAGUAUUUGCGGGAGCUUUGUGUUGCUUUCAGAGUGAGUUCAGGCACAUUCACUGCUGGUGCUUUUGCAUGAGAUAAGUCUUAUACUUAUUGGGAAGAGGUUACUUUGACAAAUUGAAUCGAAUCCUUUAAAAAAAUUGAAGUUUGCUCAGAUAGAAUGUGAGUAGCAAUGAUAUAGGGCCGAGGUCCAAAAAAUACAUCUUGGCCGAUCGGGGGUUAAAAUUCACAAAUUGAUCUACUCAUUUUCAAAUGAGCAUUUCUAACUUGUGUGAAGUUUAACCCUUGAAGCUUCAAGAUGAAAAAUAGGGGUUAAUACUGCAAACUGGGAAAUGUUCACUGUAAGUUGUAUUCUUUAUGAAAAGCUCUUCAAAGUCAUUACAAAAAGAUUCAGGAAAAGACAAGAUUUUGCUAUUAGAUGUGAAGCUCAGGUAGAUGAAUUUCAUACUAUGAUAGCUGACACGUGAAAUUCUUGCAAAAUGUUUCCCAGUUUACAGCAUUGUAUUACUUCAUUACUUCAUCACUAUAGAACCAGAAACAGUUCAAACUGUCCUUUAUAAUGAUUUUCUAAUCACGAUAGUAAUAUUGGGAAGGUGGUGGGGGUAUGACUGACAAUUAUUAUAACGAGAAGUUUUUGACACUUGGUCAUUGAACGAAACAAGUAGGAUACAAAAGAAUAUCCAGUUUAAAGAGUGUUUUGUUUUCACGCAUUUGGAAACUAUUAUCUUUCUGGAUUUUUAUCCUAGUCAUAUAGUGCUGCCAUCUAGUUGAUGGCUGGGCAACUAACACAUCGCCUAUAAAAAGACAGGUGCUGACUAUGGAAGGAGAAUGGCUGAUGUGGGUCACUUGUUGGUACAAACUUCAUCGUACAUACGUCUCGUCUUGAUGAGCGUCUGCCUCAAAAAUCAAUCAGAAAUAUCUGUACGGUCGCUCACUCAACAGGUUGAUCCCACAGCCUUAUCAGUCGCAGAGUAAUAAAUUCAAACCCUGCUCUGCAUCCUCUUGUGCGAGAUGUCCAAGCAACAAUCGUGACCUCUCUCAUGAUAUUUCCAGUAUCCCGUAAUCUCCAUAGUUACGCACUUCAGCCAUUCUCCUUGCUCCGUCUCAUAGGUUGUGUUAUGGUGUUUUUAUUUAAUUGACCCUGUCAUGUAUGAAGAGACUCCGGUCUUUAAAGUGUAUCAUUUGGUAGAUGCUUAGAUCAAUCCUUCUUUGCCCUCUGGUGGUUUUCUCAUGAACAUAAUUGACUAUUCACACUGUACUAACCCUUUAAGAACUGUUUAUCAUCAAAAUCAUAGUCCCCCCUGUGAAGGUGAGUCUGACCCGUAGUAGGCCAACCAUUACAUUGGGAAGAGCUGGUACCACAGACUCAAGUCUGUGCGGGUCCCAGUACCGAUUAAAGGCAGGCUUUGAAGUGAUUGAUCCAUUCAGUAGGAAAUGUAUUAUAUACCCUAACAUCAAAUGAACCGUUUCCUUACUGCUUACUGCCCAUUAGCGUAGCCAAUUACUUCCCUGAGAAAUCCACCAGUGUAGCACAUCUUUAAAUUAAUAUUCUCGGUGGCAGUGUAUGUGCUAAAACGGGAGACAACAUUGCUAAGGCUUGAACUUACUAUAGGAGAGUGUAAAUAAAUUUCAAUAUUAACAUGAAAA